AUGUCUAAACGGAAUCAACGUGAAACACGUUCUUCGAGUUCAUCUUCUUCACAGUAUCAACCAUCGCCGAAACGCUUGCUCCGCGAUGGGACUCCAGGUAAGGACGACCAUCACGUCUCACUCGGCAACAUUAUGGAUAAGUUGUGUAACUUGGAAUCUCGAAUGGAAGACCUCUUCGGCAGUCUAAAAUCCGAGUUAUCAUGUCUUAGACAUGAACUCAACGAAGAAAUUGAGAAAGUAAAAUCGACAGUAAAUGAUAUGGAAACAUCAUUGAACGCGGCGUGGGACACAAUCAAAGAUCUCCAAGAUGAACUAAAAAUACACGCAGAAUUCCGAAAGAAACAUAAAGAAAGUUUGGAAAAACACCUCGAGGACAAUGGUGUUUCACAAAGCGCUAAAGCAAAAAUUGCUCUGCAGGAGAGUCAAAUCAGCCUUUUAAAUACGAAGCUAUCCGAGGAACAGGAAAAAAUCAUCGCACUGGAAAACUACUCUCGCCGAGAGAAUCUCCGAUUUAUGAAUAUACCGGAGCAAGAACACGAGAACUGCACUGACACCGUUUAUGAUAUCGUCGAGAACGGGUUGAACAUAAACACACAGAAUAUAUACUUUCAUGCUGUCCACAGAGUCGGUAAGCCACGUUCGCCUGAGGACUCCCAUCACCAUCCCCGACCCAUCAUUGCGCGUUUUCUCUGCAGGGAAGAUAGGGACCGUGUUUUUAAAGCGAAAGGAAGAUUGAGACACUCGACGGAUUAUCCAGACGCGUAUAUAACUAAAGACUAUGCAAAGGCGAUACAGCUUGAAAGAAAGGAACUAAUUGAAGCGAUGUUCAUAGCGCGGAAGAAAGGCAUGAGCGCGAAAGUAGUGGACAGAAAUCUAGUAAUAAAUGAUAACGUUUAUCAUGUUGGUAACAUACCCGACGAACUUAAACCUGCAGCUGAAUCUACACGCUCGUAGAAGUUUUCUUUACUCAGGUCAGUGUAAUUCGAUUUUUCUCAGUUGCCUUUGCAUUAAUUGCUAUUGCAACCUUUAAGACCGAGACUAGUACUCCACGUUUGCUUCGCCGUUUGCACACAACGGAUUCUUUCCUUUUUGUAUAUUGUUCUAAAGUUAAACUAUUUGGCGUUCCGUCCUUUCCGGAUUCGUCGAUCUUUCUGUUUGAAGGUAUGUUCUCCCUAAGCCGCUUAAAUUUUACCUUUUUUUUGUUUUUGUUUAUAGUUUUAUGUUUCCAGUGUAGCCGUUGUUUUGGUUUUUCGGUCAGUAGAAAAUAUUUUUCAGUCCUACGAAGUGUUAACUAUCGUAAUUUGCAUUUUGUUUCUGCAUUCCAGUUCACUACUUUUAAUCAUCAACAAGUUUCCAAUUGACGAAUUGAUAAUCUGUUCUCUUAAUGUGAGGGGCUUAUCCAACAACCUUAAGAGGCGAGAAACCUUUCGUUGGCUUAGAAUGAAAAAAUUUGGAAUAUUCUUUCUUCAAGAAGUCCACUGCACCAAAGAAAAAGAACGACUGUGGUCAUGAGAAUGGGGCUUCUCAGCUAUUUUUAGUAGUGUUUCUAGCUCAAGUGCAGGGGUAUGCAUCCUGUUUAACAACAAUUUUCAAUUCGAAAUCAAGAAACAAUUUUCUGAUCCAGAUGGAAGAUUUAUUUUAGUAGAUUUGAAACUUGAAAAUAAGACUAUAACCUUGGGAAACAUUUAUGCGCCAAACGAUGACAAUCCGAAUUUUUUUAAAAAUGUUCUCAGCCACCUCCUCUCUUUCGAGUGCGAGGACAUUAUCCUGGGUGGCGAUUUUAAUCUAGUAUUAGACGUCCAAAAUGAUAAGAAGGGAGGAAGACUGACCACUCACAAAAAUUCUUUGAAGGAAGUUCAGAACAUAAUAAAUUCGCUAGACCUUAUCGACAUUUGGCGGGUCUCCAAUCCGGAUAUCAGAAGAUUCACUUGGAGAAGAAGCAAACCCGAAAUUCGUUGUCGCUUAGACUUUUUCUUGACGAGUAAUAGUCUAAGUUCGGCAAUUACAAAAGCUGAUAUUUUACCAGGGUACAAAACAGACCAUUCUUUGAUAACGCUCCACCUUGCAAACAAUACCAAUCCCAGGGGCCCGGGCUUCUGGAAGUUAA